AUGAGAUUCUCAAACGUUCUUUUCGGCCAUGUGCUUCUGCACUUGGCUCAGGCCCUUUAUUUGCCUCAUAAUAUUUACUCGUCUUUGACAGCCAGAGCCAACUCGAAGGAAUCUUCUCUCGAGUGGUCUCAGUGCGGCUUGGAUUUCGGAAACAAAGCCCAAAACGAGACGCAAAAGGAUUUCGACUGUGCCAGGCUUGAAGUUCCUCUCGACUAUACGAACUCAAGCAACACCAAAACCAUCACGCUCGACCUGAUCCGCUUUAAAGCUACCAAAACCCCCCACAGGGGUAGUAUUUUGUUCAAUCCUGGUGGCCCAGGUGGCUCUGGUGUUGAGAGCAUGCUGGUUUCUGGGCCUAUAUUGUCCAGUUAUAUCGGUAAUCAGUACGACAUCAUUGGGUUUGAUACGCGAGGCACGGGCCGUACGAUUUCUUUCACUUGCCCUGAGCCAACUGCUGGAGAAGAAGCCACAGGGCUUAAGCGAAGAGAUUUUAACAACCUUCCACGGCUGAAUACUUGGGAAUUGGUCAAGACGGAGUGGUGGGAGGAGAGUGCGGAUUUUGCAGAAUCGUGCUGGGAAGCCAACCGAGACAUGGGACAGUUUUACGGAACUACAGCCGUCGCUAGGGACAUGAUGUCCAUUGUCGACGCUCUCAGUCAAGGCGACAAGCUCAAUUACUGGGGUAUCUCUUAUGGCACUGUCCUUGGACAAGUCGUAGCCUCCAUGUUUCCGAAGCGAGUCGGACGAAUUGUCCUUGAUGGCAACCUCAACGCUGACGACUAUGCUGCGAACGCUUGGCUGGAUAGUUUGAUAGACACUGAAAGGUCUCUUGCCAACUUCUUUGACGAUUGUGUCAAGUCUAGAAAGGACGCGUGCUCUUUAGCAGAUUUUCACGGCAAGAAUACCACUGGGGAGAGCUUGUUGGAGACCUUCAAAGAAAAGCUUGAGGUAGCUUCCGCCGACGCUGCUAGUGAAGAAGAGGGGGGUGAAGCCUUCGCGAUCAAGCAGAAUAUCCUUGCCGGGUUGUACGCACCUUCCUCGUUCCCUGAACUCUCAACCCAGAUCGAAGCAUUCUUGAAGAGACACAAAUCGAAUGACACUCCCAAAUCCUCAGACACUACUAAGCGUUCGAACACUCCUAAGCCCUCGGACACUCCUACACCCUUGAUUCCGACCUCAAAAUGGAGCCCCCAAACCGAAUAUGCCCUACCUGCCAUUGCGUGUGGUGACUCCAGCUACCGCGCUAACGAGCCUGAUGAUCUCUUUCCCAUUUACAAAGCACUUUAUGAACAAUCAUCCUUUUCCGAUCUCAUUAUUUCCGACGCUGUUACGUGCUCCCAAUGGAAAUUCUCAGCCGUUGAGCCUAUUGAUUUCAACAAGCUUCGCAAUGUUGACACUAGCAACCCUAUCCUCGUGGUCAAUGGCAGAUAUGACCCAGUUACCUCGCUACAAAGCGCACUGAAGGUCGCAGCCAAAUUCCCAGGAAGUCGACUUGUUGUUCAUGAAGGGGCCGGGCACUCAUCCCUUGCACACCCUUCGAGCUGCACCAUACAUGCUAUCCGAAACUACUUUGUCGACGGAAAGAUGCCUGAAGUCAACACUACCUGCAGUACUGACAUGACUGCUUUUGAAUGGGCCAACAAUGCACAGACUAAGACGAAGGUUGAAGCGAAAAACAAAAGAAGAAUGAUGAGUAGAUGGCUCACUGCUCAGGUAUAUUGA